GCACCCGGGCGGACCCGCCCGCUCGCUGUCCCGCGCACCCAGUAGUGCCGCGGGCUGCCGGGCGGGGCCGAGGAGCAGGCUCGGCGCGCCCCCCACCUCCUCUCGGUGAAGCUUGGAUGAAACACUUGAACCGCAGCUGCCACCCCUGCUUUGGGGCAGGCGGCGUGGGGCUCCGCGACGGGGACUGGGUCUGGGCGCAGGGGCCAGGAGCCGGACGACGAUGUGACUCAGCCGCUGGCCACCCGUGAGCUGUGUGUGGACCCCGAGUUCCACCAGGUGAGAAGAGUGAUGACCAUCCUUUUCCUUACUAUGGUUAUUUCAUACUUCAGUUGCAUGAAGGCUGCCCCCAUGAAAGAAGCAAACGUGCGCGGACAAGGCAGCUUGGCGUACCCAGGUGUUCGAACCCAUGGGACUCUGGAGAGCGUGAAUGGGCCCAAGGCAGGUUCAAGAGGCCUGACGUCAUUGGCUGACACUUUUGAACAUGUGAUAGAAGAGCUGCUGGAUGAGGACCAGAAAGUCCGGCCCCAUGAAGAAAACAAUAAGGACGCGGACUUGUACACUUCCAGGGUGAUGCUCAGUAGUCAAGUGCCUUUGGAGCCACCUCUUCUCUUUCUGCUUGAGGAAUACAAAAAUUAUCUGGAUGCUGCAAACAUGUCGAUGAGGGUCCGGCGCCACUCCGACCCGGCCCGGCGCGGGGAGCUGAGCGUGUGUGACAGCAUUAGCGAGUGGGUCACAGCGGCAGACAAAAAGACUGCAGUGGACAUGUCAGGCGGGACGGUCACCGUCCUUGAAAAAGUCCCUGUGUCGAAAGGCCAACUGAAGCAGUACUUCUACGAGACCAAGUGCAAUCCCAUGGGUUACACAAAGGAGGGCUGCCGGGGCAUAGACAAGAGGCAUUGGAACUCCCAGUGCCGAACUACCCAGUCGUACGUGCGGGCCCUGACCAUGGAUAGCAAAAAGAGAAUUGGCUGGCGGUUCAUAAGGAUAGACACUUCCUGUGUGUGUACAUUGACCAUUAAAAGGGGAAGAUAGUGGAUUUAUGUUGUAUAGAUUCUAUUGAGACAAAAAUUAUCUAUUUGUAUAUAUACAUAACAGGGUAAAUUAUUCAGUUAAGAAAAAAUUAAUUUUAUGAACUGCAUGUAUAAAUGAAGUUUAUACAGUACCGUGGUUCUCCAAUCUAUUUAUUGGACACACCCAUGACCAGAAGGGAAACAGUCAUUUUGCGCACAACUUUAAAAAAAGUCUGCAUUACAUUCCUCGAUAAUGUUGUGAUUUGUUGCCGUUGCCAAGAUUGAAAACGUAAAAAAAAAAAAAAGUUAAAAAAAUAAUAAAUUGCAUGCUGCUUUAAUUGUGAAUUGAUAAUAAACUGUCCUCUUUCAGAAAACAGACAAAAAAACCCCAACAACAAAAAUUUGAACCAAAACAUUCUGUUUACAUUUGAGACAGUAAGUAUCUUCGUUCUUGUUAGUACUACAUCUGUUUUACUGCUUUUGAACUUCUGAUAGCGUCGGAAUUAAAACAAUGUCAAGGUGCUGUUGUCAUCGCUUUACUGGCUUAGGGGAUGGGGGAUGAUGGGAGGGGAGUAUUUUUGUUUGUUUUGUGGGGUUUUUUGUUUGUUAGUUUUUUUGUUUCGGUUUUGUUUGUUUGUUUGUUUUUCUUUCUUUUUUUUUUUAGUUCCCAUGGGGAGUAGGGAUGGGGAAAGAAUUCCUUCAGUAUAUAUUCUGGUUGAUAAAAGAUUCAUUUGUAUGUUGUAAAGAUGUUUGCAAUAUCAAUCAGAUGACUGGAAAGUGAAUAAAGAUGAAGGCAACUGAAUGAAGAAGUGGUUACUCCAGGUCCCCACUCAGCACCCCCAGGCUCUCACCAGCCCUUGGGCCUUGGCCAGGGAAAGCUGCUUUUGUUGCAAAGCUCUAGGUUUACUUAGAGCACAUUCUUUCUCCCCCUCCCCCUUCGGUCGACUCUUUGUUUCCUUUUCUCUUGAGGAAGAAAAAUCAGCUCCGUGCUCUGAAAUACAUUACCAUUGCUAUGAAUGAGUAACAGAUUUUUUCACAUCGUGGCACUCAUAAGCAUGGUGAUUUUUUUUUUCAAUGAGAAAAAGAACAACCCAGAAAUAAAAAUAAAGAAUUUUUUUGAUAAGAGGUAAAUAAUUUGGGUAAAUCAUAGGAAGGCUUAAAAAUGUCUCGGGAGCAAAAGAUGGAGUUCCAUGUGGACUCAGGAAAGCCUGGAUCAGAAUGGGAGUCCACACUGCCAGUGAAAUGAGACUGACCAGCCAUGUGGAGGCUGUGUGGAUCGGACACCAUUUUUGGGUGGUGCAGGAGGAAUUUCUGAGGGGCCCUCCUGAGGUCUAGGUGGGGGUGGGGAAUUGUACUUGAGACAUUCCAAAAGGUAGGCCCCUGAAGGACCCUUCAGACAGAAGUGGCUCUGGAAUGACGCGUGUCAAGUUGCUUUGGACCUCACGCUUUAAGUGCCUAUAUUAUCUAACUGUGCUAAGAGGUUCUCACUGGAGGACCCUGCUCAAGCUGACUUAACGCCCUCCACCCCUGGAUAAUUGCGUAAAAGCUGGAUUAGCCUGGAGCAGGUUCAGAACCAAGUGUGGCAUUGUGAUUAUGGAGAUUGCUGCAAUGAGAUAGAAGAUGUUUGCUACCUGAACACUCACUGCUUUGAAAUUAGACUUGAGGAAACCAGGGUUUUGUCUUUUGAGAACUUUCUGUGUGGGGGAAGGGAACAGGAAAAGACCCUAAAACUCAGGUUGAAUGAUCAAGGCUACCAAUAGGUAAUCUUGUCCAGAGACAAGACUUUGGGAAGGUGUCUGGACAUCUAGGACACCAAAGACUGGAAGAGGCCAGGACAAAGCAGGCAAAGUUUUGCCCCCCGGUGAGGGCCACAGCAACUUCUUGCCCAUCCUGCCUGUUCAUGGAGAAAGUCCCUGCCUCACCUCUGCUGUCUUGGGUUUGGAGAAGUCAAGUUGGGAGCCUGGAAUGAUGGUCCUGAGAGAAAUGGACCCUGAUGAAAAUUAGGGCUAAGCUUACUCACCCAUUCAGCCCACUGUCCAAGUCUGAAAGUGUCCUGGACCGGUGUCCAUGGGUAUCAAAAAGUCUCAAGAAACUGCUGUAUCUUAGUAGGGCAAGGAAUAAGCAAAAGAGGAUUUCCACCAUGACCCAGGGAAUGAAGAUACCAUCAGCAAAUCAUUUCUCUUUGUUCAGUCUUUAAUUUAGAAUGAGCCUGUCUUUCGAAUUACCACCUGAACAUCUACCAUUAAAAGAAGGAAGAAUUUAUGUAGCAUGGGUCUGUUUUGUACUAUUUGAAAAUACCGUCUUUGUAAUUAUUUUUUAACAUGUAAUGAACAUUGGGAAUAUCUGCUGUAUGUUAUCUUUUUGCAGCUCUGUUUUGAGGGAUAAAAUUAUUUAGGGAAAAAAAGUCCCCAUCACCAUCUCAAAGUGCUGCAAAGGCCAGAUCUGUGAAGCGGUUACGUAGGAGAUAUUCAGCAAUUGUGUGGUCAGUGGCUCUCUCUCCCUUACCCAAUAGGAUACAUCACAAUCACACGCUUGGUGGUUUACGUUGACCUAAAAUUUAUUUUGUUAAAACCUCUCUCUGUUGCUGUUCAUUUUUGUUCUGUUUUGUUCUAUUUUGUUUUAAAGUCUUGCUGUGGUCUCUUUGUGGCAGAAAUGUUUCAUGCAUGGCAGCGGGCCUGUUGCUUUUUUAUGGUGAUUCCCAUUGAAAAUGUAAGUAAAUGUCUGUGGCCUUGUUCUCUCUAUGGUAAAGAUAUUAUUCACCAUGUAAAACAAAAAAAAUAUUUAUUGUAUUUUAGUAUAUUUAUAUAAUUAUGUUAUUGAAAAAAAUUGGCAUUAAA